GGGAGCAGAGCCAGAUGAGCUUAUUCGCAAUCGCCAUGAAGUUCUUACCAGUUCUGGCAUUGAUCGUGCUCUUCGCAGCGGCAGUCCAAGCUGGCAGAAGUCGUCCUCAGCUGGUGCGCCUGCACCAGGUUACUCGGCAGGAGUACAACGAGCUCCUCCGUCUAACUCAGGGCAAGGAGGAGGUUUCUGAGGCUCGUUUGCUCAGCAGCUCCAUUGCUGGCAUCAAGGGUUUGGCUUCUGGCUUUGCAGCUGGCAACUUCAUUCCAGCUAUCUUCAGCUCCAAGGAUCAGCCCAAGAAGGGACGUCCUCUGUGUGUGAUCUCCACCAAUGAUAUAGAUCAGGACCAGGAAAGGCGGUUGGGCCGUGUGGUGAGCAUCGAAUAUGAGCCAAGCAGCGAUUCCAGCUCCAGUUCUGGAUCCGGAUCCUCGUCGAGCAGUGGUAGCAGUAGUGGACACGGCAGUGGUCAUGGAAGUGGACAUGGUCAUGGUAGUGGAAGCGGCGACGAUGACAACGAUGAUGUGACCACUGUGAAUUGUAUCCUGGUAGUUAAUGGUACCGAUACCACAACCACUACGACUACGACCACAACCCCAAAACCAGAUUACGGACAUGGACAUGGACACGGACAUGGUCAUGGUUCCAAGCCAGGCAGUUAUUACCCACCCCCUCCUCCGUUCUAUCCUCCCUACUACGGCUACCCACCCUACUAUCCUCCUCCCUACCCAUACCCACCACCACCACCUCCACCACCAACACCCAAGCCCCACCAUUCCAGCGGAGACAAGCGUUCGGCCGAUGAUGAUGAUGAGGAGGAGGAUGUGAGCAGUCUGAUCGAUGCCUACAAUGGAUUGUACUACCAGCCCCAGGGAGCCGUUCUGAGGAGCGGAAAAUACUCGAAGGUCAGCCAGGAGACGCCUGCCUACCAGCCAUCUAGCUAUCCCACGCAUGAGUACGCCAACACCUAUCCCAAGGUGCUCCGCAACAAUGGACUGACCCAUCCUGCUCCCGUCUACGUGCGAACGCCACAAUUCGAUCAGGAACACUAAGAAACAGCGCCAUUAG